AUGUGGUGGGGGUACGGUUGGACUUUCGAACAUUCGACAUGGAUGGCACUCUUUCUGUUUUUCUGGAUACAUCGAUAUGUCCGCACGAUUGUAAAUACCGUGAGCCACUGGAUGUACAAAUCGAUCCCAAUACCCGAGAAUCCAUCGUACACUUCGAAAGAUGUCACGGUCAUCAUUCCCACGAUCCACAACAAUUUCGAGGAGUUGAGGGAGUCGUUGCAGAGCAUCUUGGCGUGCCACCCGUACGAGCUGCUGCUAGUCACGACCUCGGUUAAAUACCAGAAAUUGGUACAGUUCACCAAAACACUGGAGGCAUCCAACAUCCGCAUCUUCCACACCCCGAUCGCCAACAAGCGGAUCCAGGUCUGUGAGGCGAUCCCCAAGGUCAAGACGUCUCUGAUCAUUAUGGCGGAUGACGAUGUCACGUGGCCAAGCACAAUUCUCCCCUGGCUCCUGGCUCCCUUUGAAGAUGCAAGGAUUGGCGGCGUUGGACCGAACCAGAGAGUGAAGAGACUCACAACUGGCACCUUUGAAGCAUUUUGCGCCAAUUGGUUGGGAGCUGCGUACAUCGAGAGACGCAACUUCGAGAUAUCCGCCACCCAUAACAUUGACGGCGGCACCUCCUGUAUGUCUGGACGGACUUGCGCUUUUCGCUCGGAGAUCCUUCAGAGCCCUCUCUUCCUCGAUGGGUUCAAGACCGAGCGCUGGGGCCAAUAUCAGCUCAAUGCCGACGAUGACAACUUUGUGACUCGGUGGUUGGUAUCGAACCGGUGGAAGACCUGGAUUCAGUACAACCACCAGUGCGAGAUUGAGACGACCCUGGAGAACGAUAUCAAGUUUCUGUACCAGUGUGCUCGAUGGGCACGCAGCAAUUGGCGUAGCAACUACACCAGCAUGGUCGUCGAAAGACACAUCUGGCGUACACAACUUUGGUCGGCAUAUUCGCUCCACCUGGCCACUUUUACCACACUCUCCGUCGCCUUUGACCCCUUCAUCCUUUGGGCUUGCCACCGCGCAACCCAGAACUUGGCUGGAAAUGGGCAUCUCUAUUGCAUGAUAGCCCAAGUACUGUUCAUGUGUUGGAUCAAGGUGAUCAAGCUAGUCGGUCUGUUCAGACGCAAUCCCGUAGAUAUCAUGUACCUGCCACUCUCGAUCCUCUUCGGCUAUUUCCACAGUUUCAUCAAGAUUUAUGCUUUCUUGACCUGGAACACUACCUCGUGGGGUAGCCGAGAGGAUGGCGACGAACACGACGCGGAGCGUAUGACCCGGCGUGGCCGUCGCAGCGAGAGCAUUACCUUGCCACCGGGCAAUCACCCGGGUCUCAUUCGCUACAAUGAUGAAAAGCCCUACGUGCGAAGCUGCUCCGCCGAUCCCAAAGCCUUCAGCGCACCUGAGGAAAAGAGCAUGGUCAUCACGACGGAGAUGGAAGUCGAUUCAGACGACGAAAGCAGCACAUCCGACACCGAAAUUUUGGACACGAGGAUCGAAAUCGAAGAGUCGGAGGACUCCUCGGCCGACGACGCCUCGUCGGAUUCUUGUUCGAUGGCGAUGGAACUCCAUGGACGCUAG